UCAUGUUUUACAGAUGGUACCGUGAAGAAAUGGCGGGUAGUAGUGCUGAAAAUUUGGACGACUCGAAGAUUUGGGUGGUUGAGAAUGUAGAUAGCAGUAAGCCGUUCGACGAGGAGUCAUCUCGUGUUAACGACGGAGUGAGCUUCCCCUCACAGUCAUUCCGUUUAUCCAAUCCUCCUAGAAAUCGUUAUGCGUUGAUGCAGUGCGUAUCGUUGGAAUCUAACGACGAAGCUUUUCUGAAUGCAGCCAAUGGGCUCCAGGAUCGCUCGGUUACACCCCUUUCGGGGAACUCUUUCACAAGUGUUGCCUCAAAUGUUAAAAGACUGGAAUGGGACCCGGAAGCUGAUCUGGCCUGUCAGUUGCUACUAGCGCCCAUCAGCAAUCCUACUCAAGCAGAUGUUGCGUCUCGGCAAAGAUUCUUUCAGGAACGUGGUGGUGUACAAAGCUUUGAUGAUCCUCGGAAAGUGGUUCUUUCUCGAGAGACAAAGCGAUUCGUCGAACAGAGACGAGCUAACUCCUUAGCAGAGCUGAACUAUUCUUCGAUGGGCGAAAAACGUGAUCUUACCGAUGGCCACGCUUAUUUAAAUCCUGUGAAAUCUUCAAGUCAGGUUACAGUGAGUACACAGCCACCGGAAGCUCUGCAUUCAUCUGUUCGACAUGGCUGCAAGAGUUCUCCUGAAAAAAUCAAGCAACAAUCGUUGAAGUUGGCCAGCAGCGUUUACUCCAGCGCAUCUGUCGUCACUGUCGUAGAUCAUCCAGCCCGAAAACCAAUAUUUGCGGAAGACGAUCGUUCAGGCGAAGUAAUUGAUUCUACGUCUGAUGAUCCUUCAAAUCCCUGUCAUGAGAAAUCGGACCGAUUGGAAGCACAAGAAGUGCGCAAAAUGCUCAAGAUUAGUGAUGAUCAACGUUCAAGUGCAGAGAGCACCUCAGCUGAUGGAAGUUUCCUUAAAUAUAUGCCCCGAGAAACAACUGAUUACCCCGGUAACCUCAGUGAAGACGAAGUGCUAGUUGUGGCAAGCUCAAGCCCUGUACCUAAAUCUUAUGAUGUUCAAUCUCCCUCAGGUCACCCUCAGCAGUAUGAGAAUGGAAUCGAAAAUGUAAAAUUUCAAAACAGAGUUCGGGAGUCACAGUCUCAGUGGUCGGAUGAAGGAUCUUUCUCGGGUUCUGAAGGAAAUUCUACUGGUGGGAUCUCGAAUUUUGAGUGGUGGAGGUCCGUUACCUGUCAGCGUCGUGCUGCAGUGACUCGAAUCUUAGAUGAUUUGGCUCGCUUGGACGAUCUGGAAAGACUUCUUCUGGACUGUGAUGCGAGUAGUCCGUUUGUUCGAACAUCCCGCCGCAUCCCGGCAUCUUGGAAUUUACUGUGCACAAGGACGCGUGGAAGUCAACGAUGCCACCAAAGGAUAAUAGAUUCAAGAUUGAUCAAGCCGAUCGUGGCCUCAACUCCAAAAACAGACGAGAAUACCCUGCAUGUGCGCCAAGUAGCCAAAUCUGAUAGCUCGCAUCCUUUGCAUUCUGAAUCCAGUGAUGAAAAGCGAGUCUUACAGAUAAAUCGAAAGGAGAACUUGUCCGAUGAAUCCUGCAGUACUGCAGUAUCUAGCAUAUAUUUUGCUGCGAAGCGUCCACAAGAUAGGGCACGACAUUGCUUCGAAACUAUGACAAAACGAAUGCAUCAUCAAAAUCGCCGCUCUACAUCAGGUCGGAAACGUCAGUUAUCGUCUGAAAGAGCAGUUUCUCCGCAACUGGGGAAUCGUUCGGAACUGGUCACAAAUUAUCUAACAGGUUCGGGAAGUCUUUUUACUCGUCGCGUUAGGCCGAAGACAAAUUCGUCGAAAUCUAAACAAAAUUGCUUUCCUGAAGAGCGAAGGGCGAAGAAAGUGGAUUCAGUGAGUGAUGUAAGACGAUCAAUGGCGAGGUUGUCUGUUUCGAGUUCAGAUAGUGCCAAGGAAAAUCCGCAUCCAACUUACAAGCGAGUUUCCUCAUCCUUGCUGAAUGUGAGGAAAUCCGUUGUUGCGGGUAGAUCAAUUGGUGUUCAGGUUUCCGAACGAUCUAUGACGGAUAGUCUGGAUGAGGUUGGCAUUCAUCGAAAACGGAAAUCUCUGGAUCAGAAAAUGAGCGGAAGUAAUGACACCGAACCUGAAAGUGACGAGAACACCCCUCUCGAUCCUCAGUGCCAGCGAGCUCUUCAACUUGAAAGCACAACAGCUAAUAAAAUCGUUACUAUUGGUUCGAAGGGGGCUCUAAAUAAUGUGAGAUCUCAUGCGACGUUACCAGCAAAGCCAAAAGCAGUUGCUUUCUUCGUUCCUUUUGGACACUCGAACGAACCAUCAAGAUUGCUUUCAGAGCCCCGAACAAAGAUGCAGAAUGAUGGAGCAAAUCAGAAUUUACAAGACGCGUUGAUUUUGAAGCACCGGAGAUUUGUUAUGCGGUCCAAUAAAAGACAGGAUGUACUCGCGGUUCGGGCAUUUUUGAGGGAGAAACGGGCUGCUGAAAAACGUGAAGAAUUGUGGACGAAAGAUGCUUCGGCGAAAAUCUUUUCAUCUCAAAGAAGCUGCUGCAUUUGUGUGACGGAUUCUAGAAAAGGAAUGCCGUUGCCUCCGCCACCUGUGCCCAUUCGUGAGAUGAAGCAGCGAUCAAAAGAUAAAUAUCUGAAGCUUCCAGAGGUUCAAUCUCGAGCUGCAAUGCAGAUUUUGCAACGAGAGCGGGAAAUCAAUCGAUUAAUGGCUCGGUUGUACAAAGAGGUUUGUAUCGAAUGCUGUGAUUUAUCCCACCGUUUCUUGAAAGUCGAAAACGUCUUUGUGAAUGAGUCUGCGUUGUCGCAAUCUUGGUCACGAGCGUUUGGUUCAUCCACGUCGUUCAAGACACGGGGAGGAUCUUCUUUGCCGCCGAGUGGCGGAAAUGGUGGUCCAGACGACCCUGAUAACCCACAUCCGCAGCGUCCGCGCAGUGGCGGCCCUCGGCGGCCCGUUACUCCCGGAGGCAGCAGUAGCAGUGGUGGGACGGUGCAAUUGAAUUGUCCGAAAUGCGGAGAUCCAUGUACUCACGUCGAGACGUUUGUCUCAUCCACGAGGUUCGUUAAAUGUGAUAGUUGUAACCACUUUUUCGUCGUGCUGAGUGAUGUGGACGCCAGGAAGUCGAGGGAGAAAACCGAAACUGCGUCGAAUCCAGCAGAAGGCCAGCCCAUGGUUCACAAGCCUCCCCCGCCUCCUAGGAAAAUAUACGAGUAUCUUGACAAGUACGUUGUUGGUCAAGAACGAGCCAAGAAAGUUCUUAGCGUGGCUGUGUAUAACCACUAUAAAAGGAUCUGCAACAACCUGCCGAAAUCUGCCAUGACUGAGGGACAACAGGCUUCGUCUGAUCCAGCCAUGUCGAACAGAGAUCUGCUUCACAUAAGCAGCAUGGGGCCCGGAAACUACAGUUCCGCUCUGGGGAUCACGAUGUCACCGCAGCACGGUGACGGAGGUGCAGUCGCUGAUGGCCCAGCAUCCCGGGCUGGUUCUCGGCAAACGUCUGCCGCCAACCAGGGUUCACUUCAGCAGUUUCCACUGGGCAGCGAUGUGCUCGAUGCUACCUCCCAGGAAAUUAAACUGGAGAAAAGUAACAUCCUUCUUUUAGGACCGACUGGAUCAGGUAAAACGCUGUUGGCGCAGACGGUGGCGAUGUGCUUGGAUGUACCGUUCGCAAUUUGUGAUUGCACCACGCUCACACAAGCUGGUUACGUUGGAGAAGACAUCGAGUCUGUGAUUGCCAAGCUACUCCAAGAUGCCAACUACAAUGUGGAAAAAGCACAGACUGGCAUUGUAUUCUUGGAUGAGGUGGACAAAAUUGGUGCCGUGCCAGGGAUCCAUCAACUGAGAGACGUUGGUGGUGAAGGUGUUCAACAGGGCAUGCUCAAGAUGUUGGAAGGAACUGUGGUAAAUGUACCGGAACGAAACUCUCCGAGAAAACUUCGUGGUGAGACUAUUCAGGUGGAUACCACGAACAUCUUAUUUGUCGCCUCUGGAGCGUACAAUGGACUUGAUCGGCUAGUCAGUCGACGAAAUAAUGAAAAAUAUCUUGGGUUUGGAGCUCCCACGAACUCCAGCCCUGGCCGACGUGCAGCUUCUCAGGCUGACGUAGCUGAAAUGAGCAACACUUCGUCCAUCGAAGACGACAAUGCAGAGAAGGACAUGCUCCUGGAGAAAGUCGAAGCCCGGGACCUGAUCGAAUUCGGGAUGAUUCCAGAAUUCGUUGGCCGAUUUCCAGUCGUGGUUUCCUUCCACUCUCUGAGCAAGGACAUGCUUGUGAGGAUCUUGACAGAACCACGGAAUGCCUUGGUACCUCAAUACCAAAUGUUACUUGGUAUGGAUAAAGUUGAGCUUUCGUUCUCUUCCGAUGCCAUGGACGCGAUUGCCAGAUUGGCCAUUGAAAAGAAAACUGGAGCUCGGGGACUUCGUUCGAUAAUGGAGAGUUUGCUGUUGGACGCAAUGUUCGAAGUCCCGGGAACAGAUAUAGUUGGCGUUGAUGUGUCCGGGGAUUCUGUUCUGGGCAAAGCUCCACUGACGUAUGUGAGGAGGCCAAAGCGAGAUGCUUCCUCUGACGGUGCAUCAGUGGGGGACGAGACAGACCGAGCUGGUGAAUCCGCCGAACGGAACGUGGGACGUGGCUGAAAUUCUUUCCAUGCGAGAAAGAAUUCGUAACCUGAUUCUUUAAAAUUUGUUCUUGGCCCGUUCUUACAGCCGGUGAUUCGGGGAAAUGGAGAUAUUGCGAUAUUAUUUCCUCGAGAAAAAGA